AGUGAGGAAGGGAAACGAGAGGGAGAGAGGUGAGGGUAGGAUAGAAAGGGGAGGGAGAGUGAGAUAGAGUACUGGAGAGAGAGAAUUGACUCAGUUUUGCUGGGUCAGAGGAGAGGGAGAGGAUAGGCUCGAUUUAAGUCUUUAAAGAGAAGGUUUUAGAGUGCAUGACUGUGGAUUGAACAGUGACUGGGAACUAGACAGGGCAAGAGUGAGUGCCCUGUGUCUUAUAUUGGAUAGCUGGGCCUUGGGAGUGAGAUGUGUUGGGUAUUUACUGGAUGUAUGUUGGGGGGUGGUGUGUAUAAGGCUUAAGCAGUGAGGUAUUUGUUUGCCAGUGUGGGUUAUUUACUGUUCAGUCAUAUAUGUGGCCCAAUCAAGAGGAUAGUGGAUAGGUUUUCACAUUAACGGGUGAGCAGCCAUUUGAAGGGAUGGGGGUGUACAAUUUAAUGGAUGCAGGAGCUGAUGUAUACAGGGCUGAUUGCGAAUGCAGGGUAUACCCAAGGCAGGCCUGAGGGGGCACUGCAUGUUACUUGCUAGUACACAUCACACUGGGGUUUUCAGGCCACCUGCUGCAUACUCCUGUGACUCUCAGCCCGAAGGCUACGGUGGUAAGGCAGCAGUUCGUGAUAAUCCGGGAGGAUGUCUCUGACAGAAACGGUGGCUAAUGUGGCCCUGCGGCUCCCCACCCUCGUGGUGCUCAACUUGCUGUACAAGUGGGAUGUUGGUCUCUUUGCCGAGCAGAUCCGAGCCAGGAACGAGGAGAUGCUGAUCAAGUACAAGUAUGUCCUGUGGAAUGUCUACUACCUGGGUCACUUCCUUAGCGUGGUGGUUCUUGUGCUACCUCUCCAGCACCUGGUGAAGUUUUACCUCUACCUGCUGACCGCUUUACUUCUGUACGUCGGACACCGGACCUGCAGGGACUAUGUUCUCCGAGAGAUCGAGUCCGGGUACGACGGAGCGGUAUUCCUGGACCUGGCUGCCCUCCAGCGCUUUGUCAGUACACUAACAGGUCAACUCUUGAUCUCCUCAUUCUGUUCUUACUUCAUGAAGUCCAAGCCAUUCUGGUUGUUCAGUGCUCAUCUGCUCCCCCUACUGGCCCGACUUUGCAUGAUGCCCCUCAAUGUCCUUCUGUUCCUCAACAAGUUGACUGUGGCCCUCACCACCUUUGAGGUCAUUUACUUCUUGCUAUGCAACAUGUUUGUGCCCUACUACCUGGCCAAGUCAGCUUACCGAGAAAUUGUGCAGGGGAGCGAGCUGUAUGGGAUGCUGGGCCUUGGAAUAAUGCUGUGGAACCAGUUUGCUGUGCCUGUCCUCUUCACCGUCUUCUGGUUGGUGCUGUUUGCCGCCGAGAUCUAUUUCUACCUCAGCUCACAGAGCCAGACAGCUGCUUCCAAUGAGGGCCUCAUCUUUGUCUUCCUCACCAGUGUGGCCAGUUGCUGCGUGACACCGUACUCCAUAAUUGGCCUUACGUUUGCUGUCUCCCGCCUAUCACUCGGCCUGCUGGCUCUCUGCAAGAUUUACCUCCAGGGCUACUCAGGCUUUCGUAAUGGCAACCUGAUGCACAGAGGCGUGACGGAGGGCGUGACAUUCCUGCUGUUGGCCCUGCAGACGGAUCUGAUCGACCUGCACGUCCUGCAACGCACCUUCCUCCUCAGCAUCAUACUCUUCAUCAUUGUCGCCUCAAUCCUGCAGUCCAUGUUGGAGAUCACAGACCCCAUUGUCCUGGCACUCGGAGCCUCCAGGAACAGGAGUUUGUGGAAACACUUCCGAGCAGUCACCAUGUGUCUUUUCCUGCUGGUCUUCCCAAGCUUCAUGGCCUACAAGAUCUCACAGUUCUUUGAGAUGGACUUCUGGCUGCUCAUCAUCGUCUCUAGCAGCGCCCUAACUUCCCUGCAGGUAACGGGGACCCUCUUCAUCUAUGGGCUGUUCCUGGUGGAGCACCUGCGGCGAGACCCCAUUGAGGACCUGGAGGACGUGAUCUACUACGUGAACAGUGGGUGCCGGGUGCUGGAGUUCCUGGUGGCCGUCUGCGUGGUGGCGUACGGCGGCCUGGAGUCGGUGCUGGGCGAGUGGAGCUGGAUGGGGGCCUCGGUCAUCAUCGUCCAUUCCUACUUCAAUGUAUGGCUGCGGGCGAGGGCUGGCUGGAACAGCUUCCUCCUCCGCCGGGAGGCUGCCAGGAAGAUCAGCGCCCUGCCCCACGCCACUGCCCAGCAGCUCCAGGACUAUGGCGAUGUCUGCGCCAUCUGCUACCAGGUGAUGAGGAUGGCUGUCAUCACUCUGUGUGGCCACUAUUACCACUCCUCCUGCCUCCGCCGCUGGCUGUACGUGCAGAAAACCUGCCCCAUGUGCCACCAGCUCAUAAAGCCGUCCUCCCCUCUGCAGGAGCCUCCUCCGCCGGCCGGGGACGACCAUCAGGACGGCGGGAUCCCAGCUGCAGCGGACAGUUCCGGCUCAGCAAACCCCGAGGGGUCAGGCGUUCAGGUGGAGGUCCCUGUUUUCAAGGCCGGUUCUUCUACCUGGAGCACUGAAGGCGGAGAGAGUUCCCAGCUGGAUCAGGGGGACGGAGAGGCUCCAGUGUCUGAGACGGUACAGACCCCUGAGCCGUGCAUGGACGAGUCGGAGAGAAUCGAGUCUCCAGGAGGCGGGGACUGGGUGGAGAGGGAGAGCCCAGACAUCGAGACGGCUCCACGUGGCGAGUUGGACCUCCAGCCUGGCCCUCAAGGAGGGAAUGUUGUGGACAGCCUGGGCGGUGGACUGCUGGUCACAAGCUUGGAUUCAGAACACCCAGCAGACUCGGCAGGGACACUGACGGAGAACGUGGAACUUUCACCGUUCUCCCACGCGAGCAGCGACUCAGGAAAAGGACUCAGCUCACGGGUUGAGGAGGGAAGAGUUCGCGUGGAGCGCAACACAAAUAGGGAAACAAAUUAUGAACUUUUAUAAGCUGUAUGGCUGAGAAAACACAAAUUGCCUUAUGUUGACAAUCAGGGUUGCGAGGUCAGUCUAAUUAAAAAAACAAAAUGUGGUUUAAUUCUGAUCUUUUAAUUAGCUUGCCACUUGUUGAGCAGGGGUAGAGGGUUCUUUUUGGCACAGACUGCCACUGACGGCAGGUGAGCAGAGAGGGACACGAGCCAAGUCUGUGUAGUCUCCAAGUACAUUGGUUCACACCCAGUAGUUUAGUAAUGCUGGAGGAGCUGAGCAAGUUGGGCAGAAUCUGUGAAGGAGAAUAAACAGCCGACAUUUCAAGUGGAGUCUCUUUUGUCCACUCGUCUGAGGUGGUCUCUAAUUUUAAUUUGGGUCUCCUUGCUCUUUAUACAGGGCAGCAGUUGAUACUUGAGUCUUAGUUCAUAACUCAAAGAACCAAAAUUUACUGAGGGUCAAUAAAAUUAAAGCCUAAAUGGUCAACAGUUCAGCUCUAGAUAAUGUUCGCUAAGGGCAGAGCAUUAAAGGCUAUCUUUAUUUGUUACAUGUACAUCAAAACAUACAGUGAGUUGUGUCGUUCUGUGUCAAUGGCCAACACAAUCGGAGGAUGUUCCCACAAUCAAUGAUCUCACUUUAAGGGCUCUAUCUCAUUAUCUCAUGUCCUUGGUAUUUAUUACUACUGUAUUUAUUUAUAUUUGCAUUUGCACAGUUUGUCAUCUGCAUUCUGAUCUCUCCUUGAUCCUAUUAUAGUUACUAUUCUAUAGGUUUGCUGAGUUGCCCACAAGAAAAUCAAUAUCAGGGUUAUAUAUGGUGACGUAUAUGUACUUGGAUAAUAAAAUUUACUUUGAACUUUGGAUGUACUGUGGGUAUCUUGGAAAUGUUGUUAACUUGUUUACCCCAGCCUAUGAGUCUCUGAAAUGUGGGAGGAAACCAGAGCACAUGGAAGAAACCCUGGUGGUCAUGGGGAGAAUGUACAAACUCCUUAAAUACAGCAGCGGGAAUUGAACUCCGGUCGGUGGUACUAUGAAGAGUUAUGCUAACUGCUACCCUCGUCUUUGCAGCAUCUUACUGCCAUUUCUACUCUUGCCACUAGAUGGUGGUAUUGAUCACGGUUUUGGAUUCAGCAUUAGGUUGUCGUAUGAUAGACUCAUCAAAAUUCAAAAUAAAUUCAUUAUCAAAGUAUAUACAUGUCACCAUAUACGACCCUGAGGUUCAUUUUCUUUGGGGCAUUCACAGUGGAUACAAAGAACAGAAUCAAUGAAAAACUACACAGAGAACCAAUAUAUUAAGUCAAAUUUUAUGACUAUAAAAUAAAUAUAUAAGUAAUAAUAUUGAGAAUGAGUUGUAGAGUCUUUGAAAGUGAGUCCUGUGGUUGUGGAAUCAGUUGAGUGUUGGUGAGUGAAGUUAUCCACGCUGGUUCAGGAGGCUCCUGUACUUCCUUCCUAAUCGUAGCAGCGAGAAGAGAGCAUAGCCUGGAUGAUGGGGGUCUUUGAUGAUGGGUGUUGUUUUCCUGCGACAGCAUUCCAUGUUGAUGUGUUCAAUGAUGGGAGAGGGCUUUAUCCAAGGUGGACUUUGCUGUAUCCACUACAUUGGGUAGGCUUUUCUAUUCUUGGGCAUUGGUGUUUUAAUAUCAGGCCAUGAUGCAUCCAGUUAACACACUCUCCACUAUGCAUCUAAAUAAGUUUGUCAAGGUUGUAAAUGAGAUGCUAAAACUGUGCAAACUUUUAAGAAAGCAGAAGCACUUCAGCGUCUUCUUUGUGAUGGCGCUUGCAUGCUGGUCCAAAAUAACGAUGGCAAGGAAUUUAAAGUUGCUGACCCUCUCUACCUCUGAUUCCUCUGAUGAGAACUGGCUCAUGGACCUCUGGCUUCCUCCUCCUGUAAUCAAUAAUCAGCAUUUUGGUUUUGCUGAUGUUGAGUGAGAGGUUGUUGUACAAUCCCACCAGAUUUUCAAUCCCUCACCUGGGCCAAAGAAGUUCAAUUCUGCAAAUACAAAAAAAAAAGUGAGUAUUAAACAAUAUUGAGAAUGAGUUAUAGAGUCUUUGAAA